ACAUGCUUGCCUGGGACUCGAGUAGACAUCUUGAAAAACCUCAUCGAUUCCCUGACAGAUCCUAGCCUGCCUCCCGGUCAUAAUGUCAUCUGGCUUCGUGGACCGGCUGGAUCCGGCAAGAGUACCAUGCUCAACACGGUUGCUCAACACUUCUCAGAGCUGCGCCGACGUGGCGCUUUUCUGUUCUGGGACCGGAACGACCCUCACCCCUUCGUGUGAUACGUACUCUUGCCUUCCAGCUGGCUCGUUUCAAUCCCACUUUUGCCGUGAAAAUGGCUGAACAAAUCGAAAAAUUGCCCGACAUUACUACAUCCACCCUCGAUAUGCAAUUCAAGCAUCUUCUAGAGGUGCCUCUGGCCGAACUCGCAGCAGAGCUUGAUUUGGGCUCUAUUGUAAUUGUCCUUGAUGCCCUUGAUGAGUGUGGUACUAUGGAGACGAGGACAAAGCUCCUUCACGCACUCUCUGAAGGCCUUGCAAGGCUUCCGAGUACCUUUCGGUUCCUGAUAGCCAGCCGGGACGAACCCGACAUUGGUGCUGCCCUGUCGUGUCUGGGUGUUGACGUGCGUGACGUGCCGAUUGGGGAUGAGUCGACAUCAUCUGACAUCAAGCUCUGUUUCCAACAACGGCUUGCCUGCAGCGCUGAUGCCUUCGUAGGCCAUGGUCUGUCAUCCAAUUGGCCGGGAGACCCCGUAAUAUGGCAGCUUGUCGCUCUGUCCGGAGGUCUUUUCAUUUGGGCAUCUACAACCAUUCGCUUCCUUGAAUCCCACUUUCCUGAAGAAAGGUUGAAAACGGUGCUAAGUGCAUCAGUACAGGCCCCACCGCAUGCUGGGUUGGACAAUUUGUAUCGGGUCGCUCUUACUCAUCCAUUCGACUCAUACGACGAAAACGAACUUGUCAGAGUCCGCGCGUCUAUUCGCAGCGUAAGAGUAUCCCCAGGAAACUAG